CCUCCUUCCCUCCUUCCCUCCCCGCCCGCCUGCCCGCCGCCGUCUCCUCUCCCUGCCGGCUGGGUGCUGAAGUUGGGCGGAUGGCAGCAGCCCAGCUCCGCUAGGACGAGCCGCCGCAGCCCUUCCCGGGAUCGCUCAGCGCCAACCGCACGCAGCCGGGCGGGGACAUUAGGGAAUGGCUCAAGAAGAUAUGAUCAAAAAUUAUCUGUCCCUAAUGGAGUUUCAAGAUGCUUCUAUGACUUCCCAGCAUCUGAACUGCUCCAUGCCACUUGGGCACUGAAGUAGCUGAAAUGAGAAAGAGGCAGCAGUCACAAAAUGAAGGAACAUCAGCUGUGUCUCAAGCACCUGGAAACCAAAGGCCCAACAACACAUGUUGCUUUUGUUGGUGCUGUUGCUGCAGCUGUUCAUGCCUCACUGUUAGGAAUGAAGAUAGAGGAGACAAUGCAGGAAGACCAACACAUACGACCAAAAUGGAGAGCAUCCAAGUCAUAGAAGAAUGCCAAAACCCUACUGCAGAUGAAAUUUUGUCUUGGGCUCAGAAUUUUGACAAGAUGAUGAAAACACCAGCUGGGAGGAACCUUUUUAGAGAGUUUCUUCGAACAGAGUAUAGUGAAGAGAACCUGCUUUUCUGGCUUGCAUGUGAAGAUCUAAAGAAGGAACAGAACAAGAAAGUUAUUGAAGAAAAAGCAAGACUUAUUUAUGAAGAUUACAUUUCUAUACUUUCACCAAAAGAGGUUAGUCUUGAUUCCCGGGUGAGAGAAGUGAUCAACAGAAACUUGCUGGAUCCCAGUCCUCAUAUGUAUGAAGAUGCCCAACUCCAGAUAUACACCCUAAUGCACAGAGACUCUUUUCCAAGGUUUUUGAACUCUCAAAUUUAUAAGUCUCUUGUUGAAAGUAUUACAGGCUCUACGUCUGAAACUUAGUUUUAAUUUUCAAAUAAAAUAACUUGAUUUUUUUUGGGUGGGCGGGAUGGAAGAAAAGUAGUUUAAUAACAUCUGGAGCUGGGUUCCUGGAGAACUACAGUUUAGCUCUACUCAGGCUACUGUGAAGAAACAAAUACAUAUUAUGGUCUAUGUCUACAUUUUUACCAAGGUCCUCCUUGCUUGAGAUGGCAUGGGAGGGGAACAAUGGAUUUGCCAAAAUACAUUUGUUUCACACUCCUUUCACCCAACUGCAGUCAAGAUUGCAAUGAUGUAUUUGUAGUUUUAUGAACAGUCUCCUUGUGUAUCCUCACACUGCAUGUGCAAGGUAAAACUGCUUCACUUACCACUUAGUUGUUGCAAUAUUUAAUCCAAUAACAUAAAUUAUAUCUGUAUUUAAGAACAUUUUUGUGCAAUACAGUCUAAUGGUACAUAGAAACAAUUGCAGCAAACCAGAAAGAGGCUUGCAUUUUUUAACAUCACUAACUGAAAAAAGCCAAUUUUUAAGGUGUAGCAUUACUCAACAUGCUCUACUGAGUACAAUACACUGACUUUUUGAAGCCAAUAUUUCUGUACAGAAAAAAAAAAAAAAGAGCUAUUUAUCACUGUUUAUUUAAAAUAAAUCAAGCGGAGGAUUCCUCUGGUUGUUCACUGCCAAAACUGUGGCAUUUUCAUUACAGAGUUUGCAAUGUCAAAAAGAAAGAGAGAAAAAAAAGCACAAACCACUUAAAGGGAUCCAUAUCUGGGUGACACAAUCUAUGCGCUGAUAUUGUUUAAUUGUUAAAAGAACAAAGAUUUUCAAUGUACAUUUCA